AUGUCCCACUCCAGGCUGCUGCUCCUCCUCGCCCUGCUCUGUGCCGCCGAGAGCAGCCGUGCCCUCCGUGUCUACAACCCCGCCUCCAUCCUCAGCUGCCUCAACACGGCCCUCGCUGAAGGCCAGAAGAGCCUCCCAGAGGAAAACACCUUCUUGGACAAACGCAGCUUCGAGUCCCCAUCGCUGGAAGAGGGGUCUGAGGAGCAGGAAGGGGACGACGUGGCAGAGGAAGAGGUAGGGAAAAGGACGUUCCCAGGGGAAGGCCAUUACAAAUACGUGUCCCAAGCGCAGGUGAAGGGGAAGACGUACCAAAACCGAGCCAAGAGCGACCGCCGCACCAAGGUCACCCUCUCCCUCGACGUCCCCACCAACAUCAUGAACAUCCUCUUCAACAUCGCCAAAGCCAAGAACUUGCGGGCGAAGGCAGCUGCCAAUGCCCACCUCAUGGCCCAGAUUGGGAGGAGGAAGUGA